AAUAUGUAAAAAGCUAGAGGAUGAUAACUGCAAAAUUUAUCAAAUGUGUGACUGUUGGGGAUGGGGCUGUAGGAAAAACCUGCAUGCUCAUUUCUUACACUAGCAAUUCUUUUCCUACGGAUUAUGUUCCAACAGUAUUUGACAAUUUCAGUGCUAAUGUGGUGGUAGAUGGAAGUACAGUGAAUCUUGGAUUAUGGGACACAGCUGGACAGGAAGAUUAUAACAGGCUGAGGCCACUAAGUUACAGAGGAGCUGAUGUAUUUUUAUUGGCUUUUUCUCUCAUUAGUAAGGCCAGUUUUGAGAAUAUUUACAAAAAGUGGAUCCCUGAGCUAAAACAUUAUGCUCCAAAUGUGCCAAUUCUACUUGUUGGGACUAAGCUUGAUUUGCGGGAAGAUAAGCAGUACUUGAUCGAUCAUCCGGGAGCAACACCCAUAACAACAGCUCAAGGUGAGGAGCUGAGGAAACUGAUCGGUGCGGUCACUUACGUCGAGUGCAGUUCUAAGACUCAGCAGAAGGUGAAGACCGUGUUUGAUUCCGCAAUAAAAGUAGCUCUCCGACCGCCAAAUCCGAAGAGGAAACCGCGUAAACAAAAAACUUCAUGCUUUUUCCUCUAGCUCAAACUCUGCCACAGCAAAAUGUCUCAUAUAUAUACAUAGUUGAUUCUUCUUGAGAUUAUAAUUUUCCAUACAAUGCAGAGUUAUUUGAUGUUGUUCAGGCCAUGUAAAAUAUACAUAGAACAAGAACCUCAAUUACCAACAUAGAGUUCUUAUUAUACGCAUUUCAAAUUUUUCAUUGGAUAUUAAUAUAAAUCAAAAUUCAAUUCAAGCCA